AUGGUCUUCCCAUUAUUGCCCUCAUUCGGGUCUAUUGAAGAUCCCCAGUUACCGUCUCUUGCCAUCACCGGUAACAUCCUUUUGCCAUACUCAAAAUCCAUCAAUUAUAAGCAAUUCAUCAACACUUUUGCCUCUCCUGCCGCUAUCCUGGUUGAUAUCCAUGAUUCAUCAUUAGAAACUAGUGAAAUUGUCGAUAUCCUAAACUCAGGGGUCACCAGAGUCAUUGUCGAUUUGCAAACCGCCAAAGAUUUGCAAGAAUUUGGAGUCCCAGAAUCAAGAAUUAUCGUGGCUUCCAAUGAUGUCCAAAGCACCUUCAAGAAUUAUCUCGUUGAUGCCUCAACUUAUAACCCUGAAUCAUUUUCUAAACAAUCUCAAGUAUUCGUUGAUUACAGAAACUCUGCCGUUUCCAAAGAUACGGUGAUCGAGGCCUCACAAGAAAUCAUCCCAAUCAUCAAAUCUGAAAACUUAACCUCAGACUACACCAACGCCAAUGCCUCAGUGAUUUCUAUCGCUGACUUCUUGUUACCAGUGUUGGUCACCGAUAGACAAGACGGGUUAUUCACCUCGAUGGUCACUGAUAUCCACAACCACUCCCUUGGGUUGGUGUACUCUUCUACAAACUCCAUUGAAGAAGCUAUCAAAAACCAAGCCGGCGUGUACCAAUCCCGUAAACGUGGAUUAUGGUUUAAAGGUGCUACUUCAGGUGCCACCCAAAAGUUGUUGAAAAUUGACAUUGACUGUGAUGGCGAUGUGUUGAAAUUUGUGGUUGAACAAACCGGGGUUGGUUUCUGUCACUUGGAAACCGAUACUUGUUUUGGUAAUUUGUCGGGUAUUAGCAAAUUGCAAGCCAUUUUGGAAGACCGUAAAGCCAACGCUCCUGAAGGCUCAUACACCAAAAGAUUAUUUAAUGAUGAACAAUUGUUGAAUGCUAAAAUCAAGGAAGAAGCAGAAGAAUUGACCGAAGCCACCACCAAACAGGAGAUUGCUUGGGAAGCUGCCGAUUUGAUUUAUUUUGCUUUGACCAGAUGUACAAAAUACGGAGUUUCUAUCGCUGAUAUCGAAAAGAAUCUUGAUUUGAAACACCUUAAGGUCACUAGAAGAAAAGGUGAUGCCAAACCAAAGUUUUUACCUCAACAACCAUCUGAAGAAAAACCACAACAACAACAACAACAACAACAACAACCAUCUGAAGAGAAGUCAGAAUCUGGCGAUAUCCAUCUUAAGGUAUACGACGUUGCUGACUACAGUGUUGCGCAAGUGGCUAAGAUCAUUGAACGUCCGGUCCAGUCAACUUCGAAUAUCAUGAAAUUGGUCAAUCCAAUCAUUGAGAACGUGAUUAAAAAUGGUGACAAAGCGUUGUUGGAACUUACCGAAAAGUUCGACAAGGUUAAAUUAUCAUCACCAAUCAUUAGAGCACCAUUCGCACCAGAAUUGUACCAACUUCCAAAAGAUAUUAAAGAUGCUUUGGACUUGUCGAUGGAAAAUGUCCACAAAUUCCAUGUGGCCCAAUUACAAAAAGAAACCAUGGAAGUCGAAACCAGCCCAGGGGUUAUCUGUUCCAGAUUCUCUCGUCCAAUUGAAAAAGUUGGGUUGUACAUUCCCGGUGGUACUGCGGUUUUGCCAUCCACUGCAUUAAUGCUUGGGGUUCCUGCUAAGGCCGCUGGUUGUAGAGAAAUCAUUCUUGCUUCUCCUCCAAGAAAAGACGGUACUUUAACCCCUGAGGUUGUUUACGUCGCCCAUAAGAUUGGUGCCAAAGCAAUUGUCUUGGCUGGUGGUGCUCAAGCAGUGGCUGCCAUGGCAUAUGGUACCGAAUCUGUUCCAAAAGUCGAUAAGAUUAUGGGUCCAGGGAAUCAAUUUGUCACUGCUGCCAAGAUGUACGUCCUGAAUGAUACCAAUGCUCUUUGUGCCAUUGAUAUGCCUGCCGGUCCUAGUGAAGUGUUGGUUAUUGCCGAUAGCUCUGCCGAUCCUGAUUUCGUGGCUGCCGAUUUGUUGUCGCAAGCGGAACACGGGGUUGACUCCCAAGUUAUUUUGAUCUCGAUUGAUUUGUCAGAAGAAGAAAUCAUGAAGAUUCAAGAAGCAGUGGAUAGACAAGCCAGACAAUUGCCAAGAGAAGCGAUCAUUAGAAAAUGUAUUGAACACAGUAUGAUUUUGAAUGUCAAGAAUGUCGAAGAUGCCUUCAAGUAUUCUAACUUGUAUGCUCCAGAGCACUUGAUUUUACAAAUCAAGAACGCUAACCAAUAUAUUGAUUUGGUCGACAAUGCCGGUAGUGUGUUUGUUGGAUACUUGACUCCUGAAUCUUGUGGUGAUUAUUCCUCGGGUACCAACCACACUUUGCCAACUUAUGGUUACGCCAGAAUGUAUUCUGGGGUUAACACUAGUACUUUCUUGAAAUUCAUCACCUCUCAAGAAAUCAAUAACACUGGGUUAAAGAAUAUUGGUCCUGCUGUGAUGUCUGUUGCUGCUGUCGAAGGAUUGGAUGCUCACAAAAAUGCUGUCAAAAUUCGUAUGGAAAAACUUGGAUUGUUAUGA